ACCCAGCGGCGAGGCGAUCGGCUCAAAGCUGCUGCCAAAGUCCGGAAGAAAAAAAUCGCACACUCGCCGAAUUGUCUGCGGGCCGAUGCCCAAUACGUCCAUGUGACCCAGCUGCAGCAGAUUAGCCACGGACAGACACCGAGAUGCUCACUCACUCACUCCUUCCCCAUCCUCCUGGUGGAGAUGACUAACCGAUCGAUGGAGCGGUAGACCAGCAAGUCCCGUGUUCUGCGAGGUUAAAUUAACGUUGUUUUUUCACGAGUUUUAAGUUCCCCCAUCGGAAAGGGCUGCAAAGGGAAGUGGAGGAACUAUUCUGAAUAUAGCUCCAACUGAUAUUGAUAAUCUUAGUAGACAGUUCUAGCCGGGGGAACUAUAGUUGUUAUAUUGCCUUCUUCAAACUUACAUCCAUUGUGAUUUGUAGGCCACAGAACACAGGAGUCUGACAUACAACCCCAUUUCAAAUAAUUCACACGACGAAUGAUACUUGUGCAAUGUUUGUCCGGUGCCGUCCAUCCUCUGUUCUGAAGUAAUGUUCUCUUUCAUCAUCAGGAUAAAAAAACAUUGAAGAGCAACGACGACUUUUCAGACGAACCUGGAAAAGUUUCACAGUGAAUCUUUGGUUUUCUCUUUGGAUCCCAAUCAGUCGUAGUGAGAGAAGAGUUCCGUCUUCUACGCGGAGCAGUUGGCUGAAACCGUCUCGUCUCCAGGUACACAACCAAGUAUCCCAACCUGAGAGGGGGAGUAAAGACUUUCCAAGGGUACCAAGGAUAUUUUGUCUUUGAACCCAGAGGUCUUAUUCCUUCGAACCUCCUCCUUCCUCAGGGGGGUCAGCGCUGCCUGACACAUCUUAGCGACUACCCCCCUUUGCAGUGGUGACUGAGCUGAGCUCCGGACCCUUUUGUCCGUCUCCUGACGAACCAAAGACCAUGCUGCAGCUGAAGAAAUACUUAACGGAGGGCCUCAUCCAGAUGGCCAUCCUGCUCAGCCUGAGGAUCGACGUGGGAAUGGAUCCCUAUCUGCCUCCCUCGUUGCACCAGAUGAUCUUGGGUCCGACCUCCGUGCUGACCCAGACGCAGUUCCACAACCGCCGCAACCGCCUGGGGGACGGCCAAGAACUGCACCCCAAGAGCGUGGACCUGGACGACUUCUUUACCACGCGAAGGCUGCUGGGCUGGGUCCACUCUCUGGACAGACUACAGGUCCCUCAAGCAGAACUGGAGACAUGGCUGGUCCAGCGGGAGCCGGAUCCUCUUCCCAUAGUUUGUCCAGACCUACUGGAAAGAGCCCCCGCUGAGGUAGAAAGAGGCCGCACUGCCCCACCUGUGGAACCCAGAGCUGGACUUGGUACCUUGCGGGUAGACGAAGAGGAAGAGGAUAAAGAGGAGGAAACGCAUCAUGAAUGUCAUCACAGUGGCGCUCUGGAGGAGCCCGGAGAGGAGGAGGAGGAGGAGGAACACCUGGGUUGCAGGACAGAGGGAAGAGGAGGAGGUUCCUUCAACUGUGAUAACAUUGAAGAGCUAACUCCGAAUGAAGGAGACCAGACUUUGUUCUCCCUUCAGGAGUGUUUCAGGCUGUUGGAGGAAACCUACGACGUGACAGAAGAACCACAGUUACAUGAUGUUGGUGGGAUAAGGGGAGAUCUGGGGUGUCAGCCACCAGGCAGGGAGCCCCUCUCGGCCCAUAUCACCCCCACUGGUAACCCUUCCUUGGAGCUGGAGCUCCACUGGCAGGACCUGUUGGCGAUCCUGGACCCUGAGAACACGAAUGUUGACAUGUUGGCUUCAUUUGACGAGAUCCAAAAUUCAAGAUCAACUGAGACCCUUCAGGGUGUUGGGUCUGAAGUUCCACGCCAUGACGACAGCGUAACAGAGGCGGAGCUGGAGGUCGAUUUAACGGAGCACGGCUUGUUGGGGCCUCCAAGGCCGUCGGAGCGAGAGCCAGCCCUGCUUCCCCUCACACCCAGUGCAGAGUUGGAUGACCACAUUUCAGCGAGGGACACUUUGAAAAGCUCUCACGUGAAUCCCUCGCAGAGUCUUCCAGACCACACGCACCUGCUCGCCCAAGAUCCUUCAGAAGAUUUCUACGUGGGAAUAAAUGCAGAUGACCACUCUAGUACCCUCAACAUGAAUCUGCUCACACAUGGUCUUGUGGAUACCAUGGAAGGCAGUCCGUGUUCACGGUAUGCGCCACAUCCCAACAACCUUCCUAGCUUUGAUGCUAACUUCCGUCCACGUGACUUGACACCUUCCAGUUUCACCCCGUCUCCUGAGUGGAAUGGUAUGACUCGAGACCCUCUGACAUCUCUCCCCGGUUUCCUUCUGGUGGACGAAGAGGAGGGUGUCAAUGAUGAAGUCGGUCUCCCUAGUCCACUUUGUGACCUCCUAGAGGAUGAUGUCAUCUUGGAUGAAAUGAGAUUGUUGGACCUGGCUCUGGAUGAAGGAUUCAGCCCUGAAAUGGCAGCCAGGCUGGAGGAGGAAGGUUUCCUUAGGCGUGAAACCGGCCGACAAGAAACCGGGAGAGAUGUUGACCACUCGGGCUCCGAUGUCGCGAUCACGGAAGAUCAACCAAGAAGACAUCAGCAAGACGGCCCAGGUGAGGCAGAUUCGGACUCUGGUCUUUCUCUGGACUUCAGCCGCAGUCCUGCUUCUCCCUGUGCUUCUGAGGCCUUCUCAUAUUCCUCUUCCUCAACCUCCUCUUCAUCUUGUACGUCGGCUGUGGGAAGUCCCUUCACUGAAGACGAGGACGAAGACACCGAGGAAGGGUUACUCGGCUCGGAUAUGGAGGUGACCAUAAAGCAGGAGGCGCUGGAAGAGGAGGAGAUGGGGGCAGUCGGAGGAGGGUACCCUGAAGAUGUAAAGAAACCCUUCCCUCCCAACGAUGGGGAUCACAAGCUGUAUAAUGGCGUUUCUGGGCUGGAGCAUAUCGGCCACGAUCACACGUACGACCAGCCCUGGUCCUCCUCUCCAUCCCAUGGCAAGAUGUCAACCAAAUCCUCCUUGCGACAUGACGAUGCCAAGCCUUACCACCGCUCUCCCUCCAGACACAUCUCCGAGACCAAAAUGUGGAGCCGGGAUGAACGGCGUGCAAGAUCCCGCAAGAUCCCUUUCUCCAUUGAGGGGAUUGUAGAUCUGCCAGUGGAGGAGUUUAAUGAACUACUGGGCGAUUACCAGCUCAGUGAGGAACAGCUCGUGCUCAUCAGGGACAUCAGACGCCGCGGUAAGAACAAAAUUGCAGCGCAGAACUGCAGGAAGAGGAAACUGGACGUGCUGUACGAGAUGGAAGACGAUGUGACGGGUUUGAGACGCCACCAUUCGCGGCUGCUCCGAGAGAAACAGGAAGCCCUGAGGAACUUGCAGGAAAUGAAGCGCCAACUGGGCACGUUGUACCAGGAUGUGUUUUCCAGGCUGCGGGACGAGGAGGGGAUGCCGCUGAACGCCACGGAGUACCUGCUUGACUUUGAGUCCGAUGGCACCGUCUCGGUAGCUUCACGCCACCAACAAAGGGAGGCGCUGCCGCUGACGAAAACCAGCAGGAAACAGAGGGACAAGAAGAAGUGAGGAGGCGGACACGCCAUCCAUAUGGUCAUGAACAGGAUCGUGGUCUAACCACACGGGAGAAGCAGAAAAUACGGAUGCGGUGGUAAAUGAAGGAACACGGGAAUUCUUGAUCUGGUGUCAGCGGAAGGUGCCAUGAGACCCUCACACGCCCAAACGGAUAUCCCCAAUAGUGAUGUUUUAUUAUUUGAAGAUAUAGCGGGUGGCCGGAUGAACAGAAAAAGGGUGGUGAUCACCAUAAGGGGUUUGACGGAGAUCCAUUCUUCAUUCUAAAUCAUUUCUACACUGGAAAGGGACUUGGGUUCAACGAUUGUACAACUCUGAGGUACACCUGUACCACCACCUAUUGGAAACAUCAAACUGACAGAUGACCAGGGACCAGCACUUUAAAAUACAAGUUCAAUGCCGAUGAACAAUGCUGCUUGAACAUACCGAGCUGAACAAGACAGCCGGCCGACGGCGGGCUGGUUCCUGGCCGUCUGGCUAUCUGCUGAUGGGCCUUUAGGGAAGGGUUGCUGGAACAGAAAGAGGGAACUUGUGAUCGUGCCCCCUUGCGCUGGCACUCAAAAGCACUUCGGCAGGCUAAAGACAUUACGGGGUCAACCCUGCGCAUGUAGAGUUUCCAAAAAUGAACCAUGCUAUUCGCCAAAGCUUCUCCAGUCAUCGACAGCGAAGGACUUAGAGAGGAAAUAUGCCACCGUGGCAAUUUGACCUGGAAGUCGUGGAUUAGCGCCGAUGAAUCACGACAUGGAAACUGUCCCUUGACCGACUUUGGCGGCAUCAAAGCCAAUUCACAAACGGCGAAACCUUUUUUGUCUAUAUAAGCUCUACGUUGGCACGUCCGUCUGUUCUGAAUAUGAUUCACUGACUGAGGAGCAGGGUUGGGUCCCGAAAACCGGUGCCAAUAUAUGAUUGCAAGUCUUGCAUUCAUAAAAAUAGGCCAACAAAUAAUAAACUAGCCAUUAUAACCAUGUUUAAGCUAGCUCGUAGCUCUCGCUAGCGAGUAGCUGGCGCGAGCUACCGGUUUAGCACCGGUAUCGUAAAAAACCCAAACGAUACCCAUCCCGACUGAGGAGUACGGGGGCCUGCAUUCAUUUUCACAUUCUGAAAGCGUGAUAGCGAUGGGUUUGACCUGUGCCUUUUUUUUCUUUCUAUGUUUUUAAAUUUUUUUAUGUAUUUUCAACACACCUGUGAAGCUGUAGAAAUCAUAUCGUCUACUUGAAAAUAAGAUGUUGGAAAUCUGUAUUCCAAGGGAAAGCCAGCCAAAUGCAAAACACGGGAUUGUCAAAUCUUAAAUUCAUGGGUCAACCAAACCAACAGUCUCUCUUUUUCCUUUCUAUGGAGAAAGGUAUUUCUUUACUGUUGUCGGUUUGUUAUCUUCUGAUUUGGUCAUAUUGCUCUAUUAAUUUGGCCCACACAUUUUUGCUCAACGGAGAAUUAGAACUAGCGAACAAUCUAUUUAUUGAGGGACUACAGAGUGUAGCCUCGUCACUAGGCCCCGACUGCACACACACAUGUAUUUAUUUAGAUAUUUUCAUUUAAGCAAGCGUCUAAAACUGGAAUUUUCUUAACAGAGCUCAGUUUCUUUUUUGUGAAAAGCUCAAACUCCUCAAGUGUGCUCCUAGCUAGUACUUGAUCACAUUUAAAAUGUGGAGUUUAAAGGGCCGGUGCAACAGAAUUCAACUGAAUCAUCGAGGUUUAGAGAAGAAAAAAAAGGAGAUUUAAAAAUCUUUAAACUAGUUAAAAAACUUUUGGUGCUGCAUGAUUUUUAAUCCGGUUUCAAAGUUAACCCAGGCCUCACAGCUUUAAGAGUGGUAGUUCAAAAUGGAUGUUGAAUUACCCCAAAUCCAUAUGAAUGUACCUUCAGCUAACGCUGGAGAGAAAAAAAAGAGACGUCACCCUCGGGUGGCUAAGAACAUGGCCGACUGAGACGGGAACUCCAGAGUUUCUGAUGACUUUGAUGCUAAUAAAUAUAAUAAUUAUAUUUCUCAGGAAGAACUGAAGAUGUUGAACUCUUGUCCUCUGCAAUGGAUCAAAAUAAAAACAAUGAAUUGCA